AUGGCCGUACAAGGCGAUUGGAUUGGCUCUCGAAGUGAUUCCGCGGACAUUGAUUUUGGAGUCGAUGGAACCACUGGAGACUUGGUUGACAUGAACAAACUCGAAAUCUGGGAUCCGCUUGCCGUCCGCAUUCAAGUUCUCAAGACAGCCAUCGAAACAUUGGUAAAAUUGAAAUUGUUGAAGCUACGACGGAGCAGAGAAAUGAGCUUGCUGAAAGUGCGAAGAAAUCGAUGGACAAGAACAUCGGAAGAAGGAUGGAAGCAUAAGGUGGCUUCAAAUGUAAAGAUGAUUGAAAAUCACAGGCUAAGGCACAAUUUUCAAACAUACAUGAAAAAGCACACAGUAGAGAAGGAGUUGCUCAUGUAUUGUUUACGAUGAGGAAGAAAUUCAAAAAAUCAUGGAGAAAGGACUUUGUGUGAAUAGUGAUGGAAUUAGUGAUAUUGGAGAUCCACGACAAGGAGUUUUACUUUAUCCAUCUCCUGCUACUGCGUUUUCUGGACGUUUUCUAUACCGAAAUGUUCCUAUCAAAGUUAUGGUAUUCCGAGCCACAAAUGCUGGAAAGCGACACGAGGUUCCAUUGUCCUCGGGACAAGUAGCUCCGUCAAAAUCAAAAAAAAAACCAUAAUUGCCAUGUAAUGUUGACAACGGAAACCAAUUCUGCUAAAUUUCACCGUUUCAUACUUGAGCAUUCUCUAGCGGGUGUCUAUUACUACGAGUAUUUGUCGAACAUGAGGGAUGUCUAUGAGAUUCCGUCCAUGAUCUUGCCACAUGCGAUUAUCACUCACGAGUUACAAGAGAACGCCCUUCCAAACAGCCAGAAGGCUUUUAAUAAGAUCAACCGAACCUUUCUCAACUUCCGAAAAACGGAGGAAUGCAAGAAUACUCUGGCGGUACCAUCAAUUUUAAAUUGCACGAAAGCAACCCCAACUAUCUACAGCAUCAAUGAUCUCAAUACAUUCCCAGAGUUUCUGGCAUUAAGAUCUCCCGAAUACUUCGGUAAACUUCUCACGUAAGAUGGAACGACGAAGAUAGUACCGGAAAUGAGAGAAAGCAUCUAUGUUUCGUCAAGGAAUUCACUAAUGAUACUGUCCCACACCACGAUCACGAUCCUUCAAAAUUUGAAACAGGAGGAGAUUGAAAAAAGACAACAAGGACAAGAUGAAGUUGUACAACCAAGGAACUGACGAUAUAUUUAAACAAGCGAUUUCUCGAACUAAUGCAAACAGAAAGUGUCGAAAGGGAAUCCUCACAGUCACCACAGCUUUAUGAUCCCAAGAUAACUCCUCAUUCUGCGAGUAUUUCGACGAAUAUUCCUGGUUCUCCAACCUCGCUUCAAUGGUUCGCCUUCAAGCUUUAUCCUUCCUUCAAUUUAUCUUGCACCUCCCCCCGGUGUUUCAACUUCCUUCGCGCGUUCCCGUACCAAUCAUUCGUCCUCCAAACGAUCUUCAAUCUAUCGAGCCGAAGGUUCCAUUGAAGCCCAACUUCAGCACCUCCAUUACCGGCUCCACCACCUACUACCAUUUCGACCACUUCUGUCAUUGCUGGUCCAGUUGCUGCAGAAGCAACCUCGACUACAUUACUUUCUUUAGAAGAAAUAAGGGAAGCUGAAAUGGAUAUUGAAACCAAUGAUGAAGAUGACUCUAGAAUUGAAAAAAAAAACCUGCACCAAAGGAAGAAGAAAAUGAUAUUUUGAGAAUGGUUUUCACUCCAUCUCAGCCAACAUUAUUGCAAUCUAGUUUGGAAUCUCUAAAAAAUUCUCACUGAUGGUCUCACUGAUGGAGUUGCUGCAGAAAAAAGAAAAGAUGAAUCCAAUUGUAGGCACCACUUCCUUGCCAGAAUUGAAUACAGAUUCAGCUCCACAAAGUUCUCAAAUCAAGUUUACGGUGAGCAAACCAAAAUCAACGGCAAAUACAAAUGUGCUAAUAGAAGACGAUGAUGAUAAUGUUGAAAAGGUUAUCGAUGAAUCUACAAAAGCAGGAUGUUUGCAAGACGUUGACUAUAGAACCAGUGCACCGAAAGAUCGCGAUGACCGUCCGAAAGAUAUUUAAAGGAUUAAAGGAUUAAAGGACGAUCCGUUCUUCAAGUGCUAUGCACUGCGGAUCUGGGAUUCAGCAUAUGGCCUGACGAAGAAAUGAAGAAACGGUUAACUGCGCAGUUUCAUGGCAAACUACGUGCACAUGGAAAAGAAAUCGAGGAUAAAGUUAAAAGUUAUCAUGAUGUGCAGAUGUCGGAACCUAACUCGGAUCAUCCGUCUCAGAUAAAAAUACAGCCGCCAGUAGCUCCUCCUGGAAUUUCAAAUCUAAAUCGUCCUGGAAAUAAUUAUCCAGGUCCCUCUCAGUCAUUCCGUCCAAUUCAGCAAUUCAAUCCGAAUUUCAACCACAAAGUCCUCCAUUCCAAUUUGGAUUCAAUCCACGUGGACGUGGAAGAGGAAACUUCAAUAAUCGCGGAGGUCAUAAUUAUAACAUGGGACACGGUCGGUAUGGAAAUAACUUCUUUAAUCAAUCAAUGCCAGCAUGGAUGACCACCUUGAGGCCACUUAUCGAUCAUGAUGUGGAGAGCCUAUGCAUCUUAAUCGAUCCAGAGUUGGGUACGACAAUAUGAAAAUGAAUUAACUGAAUUCAUUGUUCACUGAAAUGCACAACCUGAAGAAAUUAAUGAAGCCCAAUGAAGGCCACGUGUCCAAUCAACUAUUUAUCUGCACAAUAUGGCUUUUCAAAAUAUGAAGAACAUUAAGAACACGAUCAUGCACAAGUACUUCAAAACUUUUAAUGAUUUUAUCAGAUGUCAUCCACCAUUGGUCGAGGUACUACCACUUCAUUUUUGUGACAGAGGCGCCACAGGCUCGGGACUGGCGAAUUGCAUUGCAGGAGUCAAGCAUGUUGGCGCAAUACACGCUAUUUUCUUGACCCAAAAUCACAAACCAGAGUCUGCUAUAGUUCAAUGCAUGCUAGAAUGCGAAGUAAAGUGAUG